AUCCGUUUAUGGAAUUGCCUUCUGCAAUCCAUGUCAAGCGCAUUGCUAAAGAUCCUACUGACCAGACUGGUGAAUCUCUGCUUGUCAUUAAGGGGCCCCAGGGAAGAAUAAAUAGAGCUAUUUGGGGACCCCUCAACAAAUCUAUUAUUAGUGCCGGAGAAGAUGCUAUUAUUCGUAUCUGGGAUUCUGAGACCGGAAAACUACUUAAAGAGUCAGAUAAGGAAUCUGGCCACAAAAAGACAAUAACAUCACUUGCAAAAUCUGCAGAUGGUUCACAUUUCCUUACUGGCUCCCUUGAUAAGUCUGCUAGGCUUUGGGAUACCAGAACCUUAACUCUUAUCAAGACAUUCAACAAAAGACCCUAA